AUGGGCCGCAUCGCACCCUAUCAUCUCGACGACGACAGCUUUGGAGCACGUCCCGGCAAUAUCGUUCAAGCCUUUGACGCCUUUCCCAAGGCCAAGCCGCAGUACGUGACGCGCUCGUCGGGCGGCGGAAAAUGGACGGUAGCCAUGCUCUGCAUCUCGUUCUCCCUCAUCUUCUCUGAGUUCCAGGGCUGGUGGCGUGGCUAUGAGACGCAGAGCUUUUCGGUCGAGAAGGAGGUUAGCCAUGACAUGCAGAUCAACCUCGAUAUGGUCAUCGCCAUGGCCUGCGAUGACCUCAAUAUUAAUGUGCAGGAUGCGGCGGGUGAUCGAAUACUGGCGGGCGAAAAGCUUCGCCGCGAUGCCACCAAUUGGGCGCAGUGGGUUCACAAAAAGGGCAUCCAUGGCCUGGGUAAGGAUGCUCAGGGCCGCGCCAUCACCGGCGAAGAUUACCUCGACCACGACGAUGGUUUCGGCGAGGAAUACGUUCACAACAUCAUCGCUACAGCUGGCGGCACAAAGGCGAAGUUCGCUAAGACGCCUAAAAUACGUGGCUACCCGCCCAAAGGCGAUAGUUGUCGAAUCUUUGGUAGCCUUGAUGUCAACAAGGUUCAAGCUGACUUUCACAUAACGGCGCGCGGCCACGGCUACUACGAGCUAGGCUCACAUCUGGAUCAUGCAGCCUUCAAUUUCUCCCACAUUAUCUCGGAACUCUCAUUUGGCGGCUUCUACCCCUCGCUCGAGAACCCCCUUGAUGGCACCAUUUCGACCACACCCAAUCACUUCCAGAAGUACCAGUACUUCCUCUCAAUCGUGCCCACUAACUUCAUGGUCGAUUCCGUGUAUUCAAAAAGUGUCGUCGUGACUAACCAGUACGCUGUCACGGAUCAAUCGCUCAUGGUAGGUGAGCGAUCUUUUCCUGGCAUUUUUUUCAAGUAUGAUAUUGAACCGAUGCUCCUCACAAUCGUCGAGCGCCGCGAUGGUAUUCUACAGUUCCUAGUUCGUGCUAUUAAUAUCUUUAGUGGGGUCUUGGUGGCGGGCCACUGGGGUUUUACGUUGACCGAAUGGGCUGCAACUGUGCUUGGGAGGAAUCGGCAGAUGAAGCGGGAAGGUGUUUUGAACGGGCGACCUCUUGACAGUAAUUAUUAG